AUGGACAGUGCCGUUGUCGAUCACUCAGCUGCUCUAACGAGCGUACAGCGUUGGGAAGAUGCGUAUUCUCAGCUCAAGGAUGCUCUCGCUGCUUACUGCCGUGCUUGCCACAUUAUGGAGCACAGCAUCAAUUCCACCUCUCGGACAGAUGUCAAAGAACUCGCUGCACCCUUCGAACGUACAAUAGAAGACUACCACAAGCUAUUCAUACUCCCUCUUUCUCAUUCUUUCGCAUCUCUUUCCCGGAGCAGGAACACACUUCGCGCACCGUCUUACGGCAUUCUUCCGGAAAUUUUGGGUAGAAUAUUCGAGUUUGUGCUCGAAAUGGACACCCGAAAUAUACCAAUGGAUAUGACCAUACAAACGGUGUACCUUUCUCUUCAUAGACUGAUGAGCGUUUGCUCAGCCUGGAGAAAUGUUGCACAGACCCAUCUCCCGUUAUGGACACUCAUCCCGAUACUUGACCUUAACACUCGUUCACUCGGUGUGACCGAAACAUGGUUCAGCCGUAGCCUUGAACGAUCCAGAGCAGCGAACCUACGCCUCGCUGUGAGCGUUGGAUCUUUAGAUAUCAACAACCUACCCAUCAGGGAGAAGCUUUUGUCCCAGGCCCACCGUUUCCGUUCUAUCAACAUACGUGCUUCAUCUCUUUCGACAAUCGAGUCCAUUCUUAAGCCUAUACUAACGGCCCCAGCUCCAAAGUUCCUCCGCGAAAUAUCCCUUUGUUACGAGCCGCCUCAAGGACAUGACGAUCAGGAGCCGCAUUAUCUUUUCAGCUUAGGCACACACCCCGUGCUAUCCGCCUUUGAAGUGGCUUUGGGAUUCGUUGGCAUCCUGCGGUUGAAGAACGUGCUCCCCCCUUCAUACAGCCAAUGCUACAGCAAUAUCGUCCAGCUACGUCUUCAGGAUAUAUGGUUUAAGACCGACCAUGAUUUCGAGCAGUUUUUGGGUACACUAUCUUCAGCAACUCAACUUCAAUCCCUCGAUCUGAUUUCCGUUUUCUCCUUCCAAUCACCUCGUGCCCUGGGGACCGAAGACAUCACUGUUGAUUUCCCCCGUUUAAAGCGCCUGUAUCUUGAAAACCUAGACCUCAACGUUCUCGAGUCGGUGUUCCUUACAAUCGAACCCGGACGAUACCACACAGCCUUCAUGAUGACUCGGAAUAGCCUCUCAAAUAUGAACGUAAUGGGGGUCAUCAAUGAGAACCUUGAUCGAUUCAGAGAAGUAUUCGAAUCGGGCAAAAUUCAUAUGCUUAUUCUAGACAAACGCUCUCUCAUCCCUAGCCCUCAGCUUUUGCGCAUCAUUCUCAGUUGUAUGCCCACAGUUUACUCUCUCUCUCUUGACGGACAAUUCCUUAGUCAUCAAUACCUCCUUGCUUUGACCCGCCCACCCGACACCUCGAUUCCCUUUCCUGAACUUCAAAGUAUCCUUAUAUCAUGUUCGCUCAUUGAUAGCAUAGACGAUCAAGUCGCAUUCAGGAAUAUGUUGUCAAGUCAUCCCCUCCAAACGCUUUAUCUUGGCGGGAGUUUUAAUAUGACUAUGACAGCCAACAACGUGGAAGGUAUCCAUCAUGCAGAUUGUUGUUGUGUGGACAUUGCUGGGUCCGACGCACGGGCCAUUCUUACCAGAGACUGGAUCAGAGCAAACAUCCCCAAUUUCACUGUAUGGCCUCGCGAUGUGCACGUUCAAAUCAAGCCGACGGAGUGGGAACUCUGGUAG